UGCCAGUAAUCUUUGCUUUUACCUCACAAAAGUUGACAGUAAUAAAUCAAGAUUUUCUACGAGUAGAUGUACAGUAGCAGUUGAAUUCUUCCCAUUACGUAGUUGUGGUGUUGUUACUGUUGGUGUGUUGGUGUACGAUUGGACCUUCUCAUCUCAAUCUCAAUUUCAAUCCCUUCAACAAUAAAUGCCAAGCUCACAUCUGGCUUUCCUUCCACCGACGCUAAUCUCUCUUGAUUCCUGUGUGUGUGAAAAUUGAAAAGAAAGAGAGACUGAAUCGUCCGCUGCGGUGUUCGUGUUACAGCAAAUUCUAGAACGUGAUCUGAAUCCCGAUCGCCGGAUUUACACACCAUGUCUUCCGGCAGGUAUAUGGCUUACUCGCCUUCUCCGUCAGCCCCUCACUCUCCUCAUAUCGCCGGUCUUCGUUCCGCAGCCACCGCCCUCGUCGAGCAAGAGAAAUAUCUCUCCGAGCUGCUGUCUGAACGCAACAAACUCAGUCCAUUUGUGCCUGUUCUUCCCCAAUGUUACCGGCUGCUGAAUCAGGAAAUACUGCGUGUAACCACUCUGUUGGGGAAUGCAUCCGUUUUAGAUCAAAGUGGGCUUGAACAUGCUUCAGGAGGAGGAAUGUUCUCAAAUGCAGGAGCUAACAUGAACAUGAACAUGAACAGAUGGUCUUCACCAAUCCAAUCAGAAAUGUCAGCUUUACUGCAGCCAUCAUCUGCAUCUGCACAGAGUUGGCUUGGUUCACAGGGCAGUUCAUCCAGUCUUGUAGUAAAGAGAACAAUUAGGGUUGAUAUCCCUGUCGCUAGUUAUCCUAAUUUUAAUUUUGUGGGCCGCCUUCUUGGGCCGAGAGGGAACUCCCUUAAGCGAGUGGAAGCCAGUACUGAUUGUCGUGUUUUGAUCAGAGGACGUGGAAGUAUCAAGGAUCCAACAAAGGAAGAGAUGAUGAGAGGAAAACCAGGUUUUGAGCACCUAAACGAGCCUCUUCACAUACUCGUUGAAGCAGAAUUACCCGUUGACAUAAUAGACGCGCGUUUAAUGCAAGCCCGUGAAAUACUUGAAGAUCUUCUUAGACCUGUGGAUGAAACACACGAUUUUUAUAAAAAGCAACAACUACGAGAGCUUGCAAUGCUAAAUGGGACCCUUCGUGAGGACACCUCUCAAAUGUCUGGUUCGGUGUCCCCCUUCAAUAAUAGCCUUGGAAUGAAGAGAGCAAAAACCAGAGGAUGAUUAUGAUGAUGUCAUCAAUGACGUCAUCAAUUUCAUGAGUUUGCUAACCCAAACAGAGCAUAUGUUGCUGGCCUCCAAUUGCCAUCGGGGCACUGGAUACUAUUUGGAUCCUGGUUUAAAAGUGUUGCUAUAUCAUAUGGGGUGUGUGUCUCUUCUAUUUGGAGGAAACAAAUGGUGUUCUUGAGAGUAUUUAUUGUAGUGAAAAAAGACAUUAUUAAAACUUGUAUUUUAUUCGUUGUUUGUGUGUGCGUGUGUGUGUUUCUUAUGAGAGAGUUUUGGUGAACUGAGUUGUUAUUUUAUCUAUAUACAUAUUGGUUUGUAGUUUUGUAA